AUGGCCCCCUAUGCCGCGACGUAUGUUCCCCCGCCGGACUCGGCGUCGAACCCGAACGAGCCGCCCGUGAUCAUCACCAUGUCAUUGGGAUCGCACGACCACGAGAUCCAGAUGAUGGAUAUCGAUGAUGAUACGGAGGAAGAGAGGGUCGUUAGAUCCGCUCUGGAGGACGUGAGGAAGCGGCUUGGCGAGAUGGAUGACGUGCAGCUCAUCACUCCCGUAGGGCAGCAACAGCAGGUGGUGGGGUCGAUGUCGCUGGGAGGGAGUGAGGAUGGGAAGGUCGUUGUGCUGGGUCAGUAGUGAUACAAGGCUCGAACUGGCUGAGGGAGGAAUAACUCCGCUGACGCUCUCAGACCCCCACAUGCAUGUCAACCUGCCCAGACACAAAUGUCCUUAUUCGACAUCUGACCUUGCUACGCCAGCUUGUCGAAAUGGUCGUGGCCGUACAACCCUCAUCAACUUCAACACCGGUGUUGUUGAUCCCUUCGAUCGUGCUACGGGAACUCGACGGGCUCAAGACCCAACAACGGAGCACCUCGGACGGUCGCGACCUCGACAACCUCGCACGAACAGCGACGACCUUCAUUCUCGAAAGAAUCGAGGCUCAAGUAAACCAAAUUAGACCUACCAUACGGAUCCAAACACCUCGGGAAACUCUACGCGAUCCCAAGAUGCCUCACCAGAGACAAGACGUCGGCUCGAACGAUGACCUGGUGCUCGACGCGGCCGAAUAUCACAAGAACCGGGCCGUGCUCUUGACGGAGGACAAGAUCCUACUCGUCAAGGCGCACUCGUCCAACGUGGCCGCCUUUUCGAUCGAUCGGACGAAAGCGACGACCGCUCGUGCACUGUUGGCCUUGUUCGAGCCGCAGUUGGCUGAAUGUGCACCCGAGCCCGUCGUUCGAGCGGCAUCCCCUCCACCUUCGUCGCCAUACAAGAAACGAAGCUCGAAAUUGACCACACCUCUGAGUCCAGCAUCGGCACGCAAGAUCGAUCCUAUUCCUCUGUCGAUGCCACCAAUGCCGCCGCAAGACUCGAUGGAACUCGAAUCGGCCUUCCCCCCACCCCCAAGAGAACGCCCCUCCUCCCCACCUCCUCCACGCCCCGUACGCACCGCUUCCGACGUCUUCUACAACGCCUGCGACAUCCUCGCCCACCUCUUGGCUUUUGAAAUCUAUUGGCACGUCUAUGAUCACUGGAUGAUCAAGAGACCCAAGGAGGAACCUGUCAUAUUGGAGGAGUUGGGCGAUUGGAGGUAUUGGGAUGGAGCGGAGUGCGUGGAGGUGCUUAAGAGGUGGUGGGAGGAGGGGGACUUGAAAGGGGUGUGUUUGAAAGGGAUUGAGAUGGAAAUGGGGAAGGAGAAAGAGAAGGUACCAAUUGUCGUUGAACAGGUGCAGCCUCCACUUGUACAACCGCCGAUAUCGAAUCGGAAUCAGUCGAAUGGCACGCGGAACCUCGACUCGUCACGAUGGGCAGCGGAAACGACUUCUACGAAAGCGUCGACAGGCCGAUCGGUGAAACCGGCCCCUUCAGGAUCUAAUAAAACGCCACUUGGACCUCGCACCACAUCAGCAACCCCUAUACCCAAAGCGGCAACCAAUAUCCAAUCGACCAAACCGAACCGCCCCAAGAUCACCUCAACACCUCUUCAGAAACUGCAAACCUUUCAUCAAGCCUUGGCGCGCUUCCUCCCCGGUGGUCAUACCUCCCUAAGAGCCGAUCCAGAUGCAGUCAACACAUGGCCGGAAUGGAGAUGGGAGCUUCUAUGCGAGGGCAUGGAGGAAGUGUUGGCGAUCAUCUUAGGGGCAUUAUUGGGUGAUGUGAGGGAGGAAGUGAGAGGGGAGGUGUUGAGGUGGACAGCGGAUUUGAAGAAGAUUGGAUUGGAUGUGAAGAUAUGA